AUGUUCUUUAUUAUAUUCUUACCACUUUUAUGUUUAGCUUUUGAAGAUAACUUAUUAUUUAAAGCUACUCAAAAAAAACAAUUUAUUAGUCCCACAACAUCUACCGUUAAUCCUAUCAGCAGAAUAGACUACCCAUUAAAGGUAUGUGCAAUGAUUAAUUGUGCUAAACGUGAAAUAUUAAAUACAAAUUGUGAUUUUACAACUGGAAGAGGAAGACUUGGUUGUUAUAAUAUUGAAGAAAAUAAAUGUACACCAUUACCAUCGAGAAAGUUUUGUUUUAGAUCAAUGAAUAAAAAUAUGGCGUUUGUAAAAGUUAACAAAACAAAUAUUGAUCCACCUGAAUUUACAUUAUAUACAUUUAAAGACCCUUUGUGCCAAAUACCUGAUCAAUACGAUAAACCAUUCACUGCUCAAUGUGAUAAACAUAAUAUCAUUUCAGGAAAAUUAGGAUGUAAAGGUGAAAAUUCUCCAUUAGGAAUGAUGUGUCGUUCAAAAGAUUAUAUCUUCAAUACCCAAAACAGAGUGCAUAUAAAUCAAAGAACAAAAAGUCAUACUACAAUUACUUCCAUAGUUUCAUUCCUUCUUUUCAUUGCAUUUUUACUUUGA